UCAAAAGACACUAUGGUACACGAUGGCUUGGAGCAGCUUGCACUCACCGCUUGGGGUUCCGCAGCACGGGAAGAUCGCAUCGCCUUGGGAACAAGUCCAGGCCUGGCGCUGAUUUGGUUGUAUAUCCUUGGGCUUGUAUUCGAGCUCGCUGCAGUCUGCGUACUUCGUCAUCUCUUUGUUCGAGCACAUUUUCUUCUUAAGACUGCAGCCGCCGCCGCAACUGUACGAAUCCAAACUUUUCUUCUUGAUGUAGCCGCAGCAGCGUUCCGUCUUCGCAGGGCCGACGUAGCACUCAUAGAGGCUUGCGGCCCUAAGAUUGGAAGCAUGCGAGGUGGCGAGCAGGACGAAGAUGCCCACGAGGACAAGCAGGAGGGCUUUGGUGUUGCGGAAGAACAACGACAUGGUGAGAUGGAUCACUGUGGGAUCUGGAAGGGGGGAGCGACUACACUGUUUGACUUGGCGUGGAAAGAGGUGGGCCUUGGUGAGAGAGGGGAGUGGGAGGUGGAAGAAGGCCCCCAUUAUAUACCUCUCAGUACCCG